AUGGGGCGGUUCCGAGUUGCGGUCGGGUUGGUCGCACUGCGCAACUCCAGACUCGGAAACAACGUCGCGAAAUCGGCGAAGAGAGAAGAGAUACACCCGAGGCCAAGUACGACGACCGGCGAGGGCGAGGGCGAGGGCGAGGGCGAACUCCGGGAUGGCGGUGUGGUGUCGUCGCCUGCCUAUUACUGA